UGCUGCAUCUGGCCCGCGGGCCGUAGUUUGAGGACCCUUCAGUCUAGAACCUCACAUUGCCUCCCUGUGCUCCUAGAAGGGAGGGAAGGAAUAAGCAUUUUUAAUUGCCUGCUGUGUGUGCCAGGCAUUGCACUAAGCUCAUUGAUUCCCCGACACCCCUGAGAGGUCAGUGCAUUAUGUUCACGGGGUUGUUGGUCAGUCAGGUUAAGUGACUUACCCAGGGUGGAAUGGGCAGGGCCUCUGUAGUUAGGGGUAAGGGGAGAAAAACAAGUUGUUGCCUUUGAGGGCAGGUGCAGGGAGGUUGGGUUGUGGUUAAACCACAUGGCUAACCACACAAAGCCAGGUGCUAGGAGCUUGGGUACAUGUUUCUAUUCUUUGUUUUUCUAAAAAUUUGGCCAAUGGUUAAGAAGAAAACAUCUCCCUUGAGAGGGUCUAGCCAAUGAGCAGAGAGUAAAUAUCUCUCUUCCCCCCCAACCCCCCAUCUUUCUCCGUACAAUACUCUGGAGUACCCCCUUAGGUGGUCCAGUCUUCGGAUGCUGCUUGGUGCUGUGCUGCUUUGUGUAGCAAGCAAGUCUUUUCCUUUGAGAAAACAGUGUGGGGUCCAGGUAAUUCUUACCUCUCCAACCUGCUCUCCCACUGCAUCACUGUUGGUGCCCCAGGAAGGGGCGGCGCUGGAGAGCUGGUCCCUUGGACUCUCUCGGCCACCCCCGACUGCCUUCUCUAGAGAUUGCUCUGAAUUCAUCCUCUCCCCAGGAUCGGAAUUAGAAGCCGCCCUUCAUCGGGAUGACGUGGAGUUUAUCAGUGACUUGAUCGCCUGCCUGCUUCAGGGCUGCUAUCAGAGGAGGGAUAUCACGUCUCAGACAUUCCAUAGCUACCUAGAAGACAUCAUCAACUACCGCUGGGAACUUGAGGAAGGGAAGCCCAACCCCCUGAGAGAAGCCAGUUUUCAAGAUCUGCCUCUGCGCACACGAGUGGAGAUUCUCCAUCGCCUCUGUGAUUAUCGGCUUGAUGCUGACGAUGUCUUCGAUCUCCUUAAGGGUUUGGAUGCAGAUAGCCUCCGAGUGGAACCUUUGGGAGAAGAUAGCACUGGUGCAUUGUAUUGGUAUUUCUAUGGUACUCGAAUGUACAAAGAAGAUCCAGUACAGGGAAAAUCCAAUGGAGAACUGGCCUCAAUCAAAGAAAAUGGAGGACAGAAAAGUGUCCCAAGUGUACCUGGAAAAACAGGAAAAAGAAGAGGCCGACCCCCAAAACGGAAGAAAUUACAGGAGGAGGUUGCACUCAAUGAGAAACAAGAAGAAAACUCAACUUUAGCACCACAGACAAGAAAUGGGUCCCAAGGACCGGGGCAUGGGACAUGGUGGCUUCUAUGUCAAACAGAAGAAGAGUGGAAGCAGGUGACAGAGAGCUUCAGAGAGAGGACAUCAUUAAGAGAACGUCAGCUAUACAAGCUCUUGAGUGAAGACUUCCUGCCAGAGAUCUGUAAUAUGAUUGCUCAGAAGGAAAAGCGUCUACACCGGACAGAGGCGGAAUUACAGUCUAGAUGUAUGUCUGAUCACCUGCCCGUCAAAUCCCUUAAGCACGAGGAGACCCCAGUGCUCAGCAGAAUAGAGAAGCAGAGGCGCAAGGAGGAGGACGAGGAACGCCAAAUCCUUUUAGCGGUUCAAAAGAAAGAACAAGAACAGAUGCUCAAGGAGGAGAGGAAACGGGAAUUGGAAGAAAAGGUCAAAGCGGUAGAAGAUCGAGCUAAAAGGAGGAAGCUCAGAGAAGAAAGAGCAUGGCUUUUAGCCCAAGGGAAAGAACUUCCCCCAGAACUCUCCCAUUUGGACUCAAGUUCUCCCACCAGAGAAGAAAGAAAAGCUAAGGAUCUCUUUGAGCUGGAUGACGAGUUCACUGCCAUGUACAAAGUUCUAGAUGUGGUGAAAGCUCACAAAGACUCUUGGCCCUUCUUGGAACCAGUAGAUGAAUCUUAUGCCCCAAACUAUUACCAGAUCAUUAAGGUCCCCAUGGAUAUCUCAAGUAUGGAGAAAAAACUGAAUGGAGGCCUCUACUGUACCAAGGAGGAGUUCGUCAAUGACAUGAAGACUAUGUUCAAAAAUUGCCUAAAAUACAAUGGGGAAAAUAGUGAAUAUACCAAAAUGUCUGACAAUUUAGAAAGGUGUUUUCAUCGGGCAAUGCUAAAGCAUUUUCCUGGUGAAGAUGGAGAUACAGACGACGAAUUCUGGAUUCGAGAUGAUGAGAAGCGGGAGAAGAGGAAGAGCCGGUCUGGACGCGGGGGUGGAGGCAGCGUUUGGACCCGAUCCAGAGACACUGAAGGAUCUGGCAGGAAACAGCAGCCUUUGGAGAACGGGGGAAAGCCCUUGCCACCUCCACUUCGCGCUUCCUCAUCCGCAGAAGACCCGAGCGGCAGGACCCUGCAGCCACCCAGGGAGGUGGGUCCUUCCAAUGGCCGAGGCUUCUCUCAUCCUUUGCAUUUUGGUGGGAUGCCUAGUCAGGCGCCUCUUUUGGGCCAGAUGAGACCAGCAGUACCAGGAACAUUCGGCCCCCUUCACGGAUCUGAUCCAGUAAACUUAUAUGGCUCACCCAGAGUCCCAGAACCACACCCUGGAGAACCUGUUCAGCAGCACACGCACUUUCCAAUGCAGUCUCCAGUUGGACUAAACGAACACCGAGGGCCUAGGCUUGGGGGGCCAGAAGAAAAUCCCGUGUGUGGAGGGCUGACGCACUUCUCUACCAUGGGGCCCCAUCCUGCCUCUUUACAGCUGGGGCAGAUGGGUGGCCCCAGCCAAGAUGGCAACAUGUACCCCCCAGCCCAGUUCCAGGCAGGAUUUAUUCCUCCCAGGCAUAAUGGGCCUCCAAUCAGACAGGAGUUUUCUGAAAGUUCAGAUGUACCCCCUCCCAGCCACAUGUACAGACCAUACAAGUACCUGAAUCGAGUACACUCUGCAGUCUGGAAUGGGAAUCACGGGGCUACAAAUCAAGGCCCCUUGGGCCCCGAAGAGAAGGCCCCUGUGGGACCGGGAGCUUCUCUCCAACCUCGAAUUCUUAGUCACGUGAUGGAUCCACGAGGGAUGAGAUCAUCUCUGCCCCCAAACCAGUGGACUGAACAGUCAAGCUUCCUACCUCACGGGGUUCCUCCUUCAGGGUAUAUCAGGCCACCCUGUAAAUCUACUGGACAAAGAUUACAGCAGCCACCAGCACAGGGCUCUCUGUUUGGGGGACCCUCCCCUGCUCUUCGGGUGCAAGGAGGAGAGUCCAUGAUGGACAGCCCAGAAAUGAUCGCCAUGCAGCAGCUCUCAUCCCGUGUUUGCCCACCAGGUGUGCCUUACCACCCCCGACAGCCUCCUUCCCCCAACCUACCUGGUCCUUUUCCCCAGGUGGCUCAUUCUGCAGCAGUAAGUGUGUCCACCUCUAAGCCAGCCUUGGAAAACAAUGGGAGUGCACAAAACACCAGCGAAUCGAAGGAACCCAAUGGUAAACAAGAGCCUAGACUUGAGGAGAAACCUCCGAGCCUCGGUGCCCCAGAGGGGACGUACCUCACCCAGCUACCUCAUUCCAAACCUCCCCUGCAGACGGACUGCGUUAGGCAGAGUUCACCGCAGGACCCCGAAACGGAGGGCCCCCUCAUCAAAAGUGACUCCUCUCAGUCCGGGGAAAACUGUAAAGCGGCCAAGGGCAAGAGCGCCUGGCCAGCAGAAAGCGGCUACCCCAGCCCCACUGCCCAAGGCUGCAUGAGGGACCUGACGGGCCUGGCCGAGAGAGGGGUCCUCCCUGAGAAUGGGAUCGUCGGAGAACCCUCCCCCUGCGGCUCAGAAGAAAAGGCGCUGGGGGCUACCUCGGAGAAGCCGCUUUGUCCCCGGAACAAGCCAUUUCAGGAAGCGGCUCUGGCUUGUUCGGGGCAGAAUGCCGGCGCUCCUCGGAACAUGGAUGCGAGUCUGAUGGGCAGCACCGUCAGCCAGUUUCCCUCUCUCUAUAUGCCCAGCAUAGAAUAUUCUAACUCGGCUACCCACUACCACAUCAACCCAGGUCUCCAGGGAUUCGGCCCCAUGAUGGGAGGGAAGCAGCCGCCGGCGUCACACCCGCAGCAUUUCCCCCCGCGAGGUUUUCAGCCCAGCAGCUCGCCCUCGGCCGUGUUUCCCCGCUACCGCCCCCACCAAGGCAUCCAGUACUCCUAUCAGCCACCGCCCCAACCUUCCUUCCACCACUAUCAGCGAACUCCUUACUACACCUGUCCGCAGGGCUAUUCUGACUGGCAGAGGCCGCUGCAUGCCCAGGGAAGCCAGCCUGGGCCCCCGGCUCCCCAGCCCAGGGCACCCUUCUCCGACAAAGGGACUGUGGCCAACCUGCAGGGCUGUGAGGUGCUCAGUUCUGCCUUGGCCUCCCCCACCCGGAUUGCCAUCGUGGGGGCCAAGGUGGUGCCGGCGGAGGGGCAGAAUCUGGGGCCCAAGGAAGAAAAACUGGACGACACCAUCGAGAGGCCGGAGAGUCCCAAAGAAUUCCUUGACUUGGACAACCACAACGCGGCCACGAAGCGACAAAACGUGGUGCCCCCUGCCGAGUUCCUCUAUGGAGCCCCUUCUCCAAACCUGAGCUCGGGGAUGAAUUUCAGCUCUUCUGCUUUCCCAGCCCACAGCAUGAUGCUGCAGUCAGGGCCUCCAUACGGAUCUCAGCACACAGCCAGCCCCUUCCAGCCCAGGGCCUAUUCGCCGGUCGCUGCUCACCCGUCUCAUCCCGCUGCUGGCCAGCCUAACGGCCUUCCCCAGGAGGGCCCUCUCUACCGCUGCCAGGAAGAGAGCAUGGGUCACUUUCAGGCCAUAAUGAUGGAACAGAGGGGCAACAUUAGUGGAAUGGGCGGACCUUUCCAGGACUUAUACAGAUCUUCGGGAAUGCAAAUGCAUCAGGUGCAGGCCCAGUCACAGUCCCCUUUUCCAAAGUCAUCAGCUCCAACAGCAUCAAGAAAAGAACUUCCCCCACAAAAGCCCUCAGCCUUGCCUCUGGAUCAGAGCUAGUCCAAGGAAGAAAGAGCCCCCAAGAAAACAGAAGCUGCAUAUGAAGACCUGGGCAUAGAGAACUGGAGAGGGAUACUAGUUCACCUUUCUUCUUCUUCCCACACCUGGCCCUUCCCCAGCGGGAAGCUUCUUUCCUUCAGGCAACUGCUGCCAGGGCAGAAGCCCCAGGGGGCACAAUCUUUAGAUGAUGAACACAAAAGUGACAGUGGUCUUGGGUCAGGGGUCUUCUCCAUGGCUGAUCUGGACAGAGAAAGAUGACCCAAACUAGUGGGUUUUUGAGACUUGAGACUGAGUCUCAUUCAGGGAAAAUUUUUAAAUCAGGGUGGGAGGGGGAGAGCUGGUAAAAUGGGAUGAUUGGUAAUUUUCAUGAGCAGCUAAACUCAGGUAUAUAUUUGGGAAUGGGAGAUGUAAUUUACUCGUAGUAUUAAUGUGUUUGGAUCUGGGUCCAGUUUACAGAAUUUACCUGUUGCCUUUUAAAAUAAUUUUUUUGUUGGUGGUGAAUGUAUUGUAUAUAAAAAUGGGAAAGGGAGGGAGGUGGAUGUGGGAAUCUCAACUGUAGUGGGCACGUAGCACUGGGGUGAUCCUCUACUGUUUACAAUCAUGUCACACUGAAAUCCUUCAGGAACUGGAAGGGUUGGGAGAUACAUAAUCAUGUCAUUUGUCAUUAUGGUGUUCCCUGGGUAGCCCUCCAUGCUUUCAGCCUUCCCUUUAAUCAGCCCAAGAGAGCAUUCCCAAGCUCCUUUCUUUACUAGAUUUCGCUGGAGGGCACAUACUUUCCAAAAGCAGACGAAUUAGCUUCAAAUAAGAAGCUAUGUUUGCCCCAUAUUAGCUGCUCUGUUCAUGAUUCUAGUGGCCAGGAUUUAAGAAACACUACUUGAUAGGCCUUUCAGUUGGCUGGAAACAGUUAUCAGGAAUGGGGAUCGCUGGAAUGUUUCACUCUUUAGAAGACAAAGCUGGAUUGUCCUGUAGUGAUGGACCUACCAAGAAUGAUGUAGAAAGCUUCAUUAAAAGCUUUUGAGCAUUUAAACAUGUUUUGUGGGAAGUGACUACUCAGGUUUGUACAUGGUAGGAACUUGCGUAUUGAAUAGGAAAAAUGUAGACUUAAGGUUUGAAUUUAGGAAUUGAUUCCUUAUGUAGUUUAUUUCAAAAUAUGAAGCAAAUCAUGGUAAAACUGAUCACACCACAAUUUAGGAGUUACCACAAGCAAGGUGUUGGGAAUCAUUUGCCCAUCAGUGGUAGGAUACAGUAUUAAAGUAUUAAAUUGCUUUUGUCAUUUCAAGUUUAGAAUAUGCACUCUACUAGGUUUUUGGAGAUUUACGUAUAAAUCCUGUUAUAGCUGCAGUGCCUCCCAAAUUAAUACUGAUAUGUUUAAAACUUAUUUUCCAUGAAGACUAACUCUAGGGCAAAAAAACAUACCAAAUCACAGGAGUUGAUUUGGCUUGGUUUUAACAGAAGAACAUCAUCAUAAUUUAUUUGGAAUAUUAUCCACUUCCACAAAAUCUGAAUCUUCCCAAGUCCUCAUAAAAACGCACUUCUAGAGAAAAUUCAUUAUAGCAGCUCCCUUUCUUCUGGUCUUGGAACCCAUAAUGAAACGGAUUUGUUUUGUUCUUUUGUAGUCACAUAAUACACCUGGAACCAGCUCCAAUGACAUAAGCUAGUGAAAGGUAGUUACACUUGGGACAUAGUCAAGGUUAGAUGGUAGUGGGUGGAUGCUUCUUUCUCCAAGAACAUUUUAGUCAUAUUUAUACUGAAUUUGAAGUAUUCAUUUGAUGCUUAUUUGUGUUAGUGCUACAUCACUGAUGAAAUUGGUUUGAAUUUGUAAAGUGAGCAGUCAGGACUAUUCUUAAUGCAAGAGCAGCAACAGGUUCUAAUGUACUCAAUUGCCUAGAAACAUCCAUUUGCUCUUGAGCUAGUUUAAACUAGCUGAAAUGAUAGUAACUUCAUCUAAGGAGUGAAUAGCUCUCUGUUUAUUGGUACAGGCCAGUCAAAAUCCAAGAUCUCUGGCGUCAUGAAACAUUCCCAGUCGCUUACUUAAGUCAAGUUUGGAAUGGGUAAAAGUUUCUUUUAACAUGAGGAUCACUAGAGUCCCACUUACAUAGAAAUGUAGCAGAAACCUUUCUGAAAAUUGUGUAAGGGUUCUUUGUCUCUAAUGGCUGCAAAAAGAACCCUCAGCAAUAAUAAGCUGAACAUCUUUCCCUUGUUCACGUCUGAGCAGUUCUGUAUACAAGACGGCACGAUGAGCAUGUUGUCCCCCACCUCUUUUUGCCGAUUCUGUGAAUAAUAUUAGGAAGAGAAAUUGUGAUCUCUUCUUGCAAUGUGAAGCAGAUUAGUCUGAAAGCAAUAGAAAACUGAACUACUGUAUUAAAAUUGUGAACACUGUGAGCACAGGCAGGCAGCAGCACAAUAGGAUAUGUUAGAACCGGCCCCAUUGUCAGCCCAUGUUAAAUGUUUAUGAAUAACCCAGUUGUGUCCCCUUAGAGAUUUUAGUUGUGUAGGAUAGGGGUUAGUAUCCCAUUCUAUUGUCUGGUAGUUCCUGAGCUGUUAGAGGUCAUUUAAAUCCAUCUUUUAAAGUACAGAAACACUCAAACCUGAGCAUUUAUGUUUCAAGUCAACAUUGUUAAUGGCUAAUUCAUUUAAGAUGAAGUUUAGUCUUGUUUCACUUAAAACUCUGCUUUCCCUAGCACUUCCCUCAUAGUUUCUUAAGCAGAUGCAGUGUCUUAAAGAACUGUCAAAGCUGUGGCAAAUGCCUCCCUUUCAGUAUAGCCAGCUCCUGGUGACUGACCCAAGCCAAUUAUUGGGAUCUGUAAGAAAUUGGUAACUUUCAGCAGACUUAUCACAGUUGCAGAUAUUUACCCAAAAUAAUUUUCCCAAGACAAAAUAUGAUACAUAGGGAAGUAAUUUUCAUAAGAUUCAUCUGUGUUUUCUUUUACUCAAGCAAAAGUAGCUGGAUAUAUGGGCACUUUUUAUAACCCUUUUCUCAUCUAUCCACCCCUUCAAUGUAAAGGAGCCUUUCUAGCUGCUUCCUGAUCAUAAUUGUCAAUUCCAGAGCAAACCAAGUCCACCGAUGAAGGAAACUUUUGUGUUCACUCUGCACUUUGGUGAAGCAUCCUAAAGCCCGUGUGUUGUGGCCGCCGGGUCCAUGCCAGGACUUCUCCAUAGAGGAGGUUUUAUUUCUGAGAAUCAUGUCCUUUAUUAAAGAAAGGUUGUGCUUGUGCUACCUUAAACACCUAGUACUACUUGGUGGGGGGCGGGGGGGGGAACUCAGCAGUAGGGGCCACUGUGCUGUGGAUCUUGCCUGUGGUAUUAUUUAUUAUUCGUGGUAAUCCCUGCCUUUUGUGAGCCCCCACUAUGCUUAGUGCUGAGCAUGCACAUAAACUACAUCCCAUCAGAAGCCGGGAGCAAGCCCUCUUGUCCAGCAUCCUUGAGCAGACCUAUGAUGUUUCUGUCUACGUGGAACUCCGCCUCCAAGAACGCUUCGCCCCUCCACUCAGAGCCCUAGCUUUGGGGGCAGCACGGGUUUGGAAGGUCACUCGAGAUCUGCUUUUCUAUACCCUCCUGCUCUGAGCCCAGCAGACUCCAGAACAUGUGAGACUCCCCAGCUCAAAGGCCCGUAGUCAGGGGCUGGAGCCUGAGCUUGGUCCCAGCUUACGCUCGGCUCCGUGCCUCCUUUGGAGCCUGACAGAUUUCUGACAGAGAGCUCUCUCCACAGCAGCGGCUGCCCAAGUCCCGUGCUCCAGGGCAUCUGCCUGAUAUGGGAGACAGUGCCUUCCUUGCUCUCCAGUCACCGGGGAGACUCAGGGUUUAUGUUUCCCCGCUAGGCUUGUCCUAGUGACUGCUUACAAAUCCACUUUGAUAUUGUCAGUGUCCUCAAAGUCUGUAUCCUAAACUUAGUGCUCUAGUCAAGGCGUCGUUGUCCAGUUAAGAGAGGAAUGUGAUUUUAGACUUGCUGACAAGAAACAAGAUUCUUUCUUUUACUGAUUGAGACUGGGUUUCUUUCUUUGUGCCUUGCAGCUUAAAGGUACAUUGGUUGACCCUGCCUUCCAAGAAACCCACCGUCGUAAUUUGGGCAAAAAUAGUCUUUUGUGGCUGUUUUCAGAUGUCAGAUUUAAAUUGUGAAAGCAACUUUUGCCACCAGGCCGUGUGACAGAAGCUUUUUACUGCUGUACUCCAAUGGACUUCCUUUUUCUGAUGUAUAAAAAGACUGGGAACAAGCCGAUUGUCCUGCAUGUUUUUUUGAAAGAUAUUGGGGUGGGCACAGAGGUAUGGGUGUCAAGUAAGUUAUUAAAAUGCUGAACUCCUC